UUAAAAUCAAUUAUAAAGCAUGGAGACUAAAGAGAUUUAGCAGACUUUCUGAAGUUUGGGGCUUUUUCUUUUUCCUUGUGGGUUUUAUGAUAAAUUUCUAAUUUUGAGGAGAAAGCAAACUUUUGUCUAUUCUUUUGAGGUUGGUUAAGUGGAACCCUUUUAAUAGUCUCAGGUGAGACUCAAUAAUUGAAUUCCUGAAUUCUUAGUUUCUUGUUUCAAAUCUUUGGUUUAACUUUGAGUGGAAAUGUUGAGGAAUAGAUCUAAAGCAGUGAGCAGCAAACAAGGUCUCAUUGGUCCUCCAAGAUUCUUCAAUGGAUUUUCUACAAAAACUAUGUUUGAUUCAGAAAGUUUAAUCAGCCCAAAAUCAAUUCUUGAUUCCCAAAUUUCAUCAAGUUUUCACAACCCAUUUGGUUAUGACAAAAACCUGUCAAAACCCACAAAUUUUAUUCCUGAAAUCAGCAAUAAAUUGAAGUUAGAGGGGAUUGGGGUUGCCCUAAUUGACUCCAUCAAUUAUCAAGAAAAUGAUGAAGAUGUUUCUAAGCCAAUUAGCAGAAUGAUUAUGUUUGGAACAAACCUUCAUGUAAAAAUUCCUUCUGAUCAUCAUAUUCAUCCCUCAGCACCUUCUCCAUCUGAAUCCCUCACUUCUCCAGCUGAUUUCGGAAUCAAAGCUCCAGUUUUAUGCCCGUUCUCGCUACCUUCUCCUGCUGAAUCGCCUAAAUCUGUAACUGGAUUUCGAAUCAAGAGGCAAUAUUCUCCAGUUUUAGGUCCACCUCCCCCACAUUCUGCAGCUGAAUCGCCAAAAUCUCCAGUGGAUUUUGGAAUCAAGACUCGAAAUUCUUCAUUUUCAAGUCCAAAUUCAGGCAUUGAGGCCAAUAAUUCACCCCAAAAGGCUUUUACUAAGCAACUUUCAUUCGAAGAAAUGGAACUUUCUGAGGACUAUACUUGUGUAAUCACUCGUGGGCCUAAUCCAAAAACCACUCAUAUAUUUGAUAACUCUAUCAUCGAAAGCUGCUGUGGUGGUGUUAAAUUGUCUGAAAAUAAAACAAAAAAUGUGUUUUCAAGAAAUUGUUCACACUCUCCGUCAAUGGAUUUCCUUAGUUUCUGUUAUACUUGCAAAGUCAGUCUUGGACCAGACAAAGACACUUACAUGUACAGGGGUGAGAAAGCGUUCUGCAGCCAUGAAUGCCGGUGCCAAGAAAUGUGUUCUGAAGGAAUGAAGAAUUCAGAGCUGGAUUUUGCAUUUUAGAACCUUUUUUUUUUUUUUGGUCAUUCUCCCCCCUCUUUUUCCAGAUGAAUAUAGCAUUUUCUAAGAGACUUAUGUGAAGAAAUUCCAAUGUUCCCAAUCCUGAUUAAGACCAAAGGGAGGAUGACUUGAGCCAGGGAUCAAAAUUUCUAGAAUCAAUGGGAACUUUUGUUGUAUCUAUUAUAUGUACAAAAGAAGCAGAAACAAUGUUCUAUGAAAAAUUUAUGGUUUAUUUAAUCUA